GUAAAACCACGUGGACCGCCGAUGCUCGUCGGUUCACGCGUGGUGACCUUUCCAGCGAACUGAACCACCAUCAGUUCAUUCACUCCAUUCUCAGAGCAACAUUUCUUUGAUUUCUGUCUCUCUGUCCAUCUCACCGCUCAGCCCACUCUGUUCUCUCGCUAUCUGCCUCUUCAUCGCUCUCCAGCUCCCUUGCAGCUGAUGGAGCUUAUCACGGACAAAUAGGCUUAGGAGCUUUGCUAUGGCAACGGCGAAUUGUAAAAAGCUGCAUAAGCACUUCAUCAGGGGCCGUGAUCCGAUGCCUCCCCUUGGAGAUGGUGCCCUCAACCUCCUGCAACAAGUAAAGGCAGGCCAGAGAGGCUCCUGGGAAGAGGAAGAGGAGGAGGAAGAGGAAGAGGAAGGCUCAGAGAGGGGGAGAUAACGCUGAGAGAGAAGAGAGACAGAGCAUCUAUCUCUCUUCUGUCUCUGGUUUUCAUUUAGACUGUCCAGCUGCCUCUCUGAUGUCCGACGACUUUCACACUUUUUUCCCUCUGUGAUUUUAUUCCCACUGGAGCCGGACAGCAAACCUGAGAACAACAAGAAUCGAAGGAGACGGUGACGGAGGGCAGAGGGCCAUGGCCUCCUGGUUCAACUGGAAUGAGCCGUACCAGCGGAGCCCCCGCAGGGACCCGGCCGACGUCGUCUCCGACACCCUGAUGCUGGAGUUCAGCUGGCAGCUGAAGGAAGCGGAGCGGCUGCAGAGGGAGAGGGAGAACGAGUACCGGCGCUUGAAGACCGGGGUGGAUUACAGCUGGCUGGCCAGCACGCCUCGCUCCUCCUUCAGCAUCAGCACCGGGGAGAGGCUGGCCCUGGAGGACCUCUGCUCCAAGGUGCCGCCCUCCUGCUGCGGCCUGGUCAUCCUCAAGUUCAGGGAUGCUAUGCAGGCCAACGAGCCCGAGCCACACGAGGUGUCGGGCCACUUCCGGGCCGUCCUGCUGGAGGUUCUGGAUCAGCUGAAGGAGGAGCAGGAGGCGCAGCGGCUGGCUCGCCAGUGGAACAACAAGCGAGCCAUGAGCAUGAACUUCAGGUCGAAGAUCAAGAUCAACCCGUUUGGAAGCACGACGGGCCUCACCGCACCGGUGGGCAACGGGACGGGGUUGAGCGACCUCAAAACCGUCUCUGAGGACGUGGAGAAGGGGAUGGAGACGGGGGACAGGUCGCAGAGAGUGUGGAGCAUGCCCGACUUCAGAUAUAAAGGAACCAGCAGCAGCAGAGUGGUCUGAUGGUGGGCGUGUGAAGGAAAUGUGGACUGAUGAGGCUUUAUGUCUAACAUGUUCAAGGCCAAGGCAAGAUUUUCUCUCUUCUCUCAACCAUGUUUUCAGUACUUGAAGCAGUUAAUAAGUUGCCUGAGAUUAUCUUCUGCAGUGAUGUCUCUUAUUUUGUAGAAAUUUGGCAUCAAAGCAUUGAGGGCUAUUUAUACUGCAGCCUAAUAGUAUUAUUUAUGAAUUGUCUAAUUAAAAGUUUUGUUUCUUUUUUGACGCAAAAGAUGCUGCUUGCUUGGUCAAGGCGGAGAAACGAAAUGUGGGAAUGCAUGAAACGGCUUUAAAGUGCAAAAUGUAUCUGUAGGAGGGACGCCGUUCGCU